AUGUUUGGACGUGUUGGCGGGCAUACUAUCCGCUGCGCUAUGCGCAGCCCCAUUGUUCGGCGGAAAUUCUGGGAGCGCAGCUUUUCAACACAUACUCCUCAUGCUGCGACUACCGUGCCUCCGUCAAGUGCGUCGCCGCUAGGGAGCAUUACGACUGAGUUGGACCGGAUAGCGCCGUGCUUCGAAGUCCCAGCGUCUCGGAUAUCGAUCUUAGACUCUCCCGCCAGCUUCUACAAGACACUUAAGGACAAAAUCCGCAGAGCCAAGACGCGCAUCUACCUCUCUACGUUAUACAUCGGCAAGACAGAAUAUGAAUUGAUUGAAACUCUGAACCAAGCUCUUCGCGAUAACCCCGAGCUGCGGGUCUCGAUUCUUACGGACGCUUUACGGGGUACUCGAGAGACCCCGAAUCCGUCUUGCGCUUCCCUUCUGGCGUCGCUUGUUGCCGAGCAUGGGCCGGAUAGGGUGGAUAUUCGCAUGUUCCAUACGCCUAAUCUGACGGGGUUGCGGAAGAAAUGGAUUCCCAAGCGGAUAAACGAGGGCUGGGGCCUUCAGCACAUGAAGCUAUAUGGGAUAGACGAUGAAAUCAUACUAUCUGGUGCAAACCUCUCGCGGGAUUAUUUCACAAACCGUCUAGAUCGGUAUCAUGUCUUCAACUCAAAGGAGCUCACAGACUACUAUGCGCGCAUCCAUAACGCAAUCUGCGGGGUCAGUUUCAAGGUGCUUCCUGACGCUGAUAACGCCGCUGGAUAUAUACUAGACUGGCCCAGCGCCAAUGGUGCUUCUUCUCCCCUCGACGAUCCAGAAGAGUUCAUUGCGUAUACCACAACCGUACUCAAACCCCUUAUACAACCAACAUCCAACCAAGCCGCGGUUGAGCCGAAAUCGCCCAGUCAGACUUUCGUGUACCCCGUCGCACAAUUCACUCCUCUCCUGAAACCUGAUACCUCAACCGAGUUUCCUGCUGUUAUAACAAUCCUCCGCCUCCUCUCUGACUCCUCCGCCUUCUCCGGCGCUCGCUGGCUCUUCACCGCGGGCUACUUUAACAUACACCCUGUCCUCUCCUCUCUCCUAAUAGCAAGCACAUCCGCCUCGGCCUCUCACGCCUCAACCCGCGGCACCGUCCUGACUGCCUCUCCCUGGGCCAACGGCUUCUACGGCUCCCCUGGCGUUUCAGGCAUGCUCCCCGCAGCAUACACACACCUCUCAGCGCGCUUCCUCGAUCGCGUCGCUCUCGCUCAGCGCACAAACUCCAUCGAGCUCAAGGAGUGGCGCCGCGGCACGGUCGGUGAACCUGAGGGAUGGACAUACCACGCCAAGGGCCUAUGGGUGACGCUUCCAAAGGAGGAACACCCAAGUCUAACCUUCGUCGGGAGCAGCAACUACACGAAGCGCAGUUAUGGCUUGGACUUGGAGGUCGGCGCGCUGGUUGUCACUGGGGACGAGGAAUUGAAGAAGAGGUUAGGAGCUGAGACGGAGUGGUUGCAGACGCACGCCAGUGCGAUUUCGCGAGAGGACUUACGGAGGACAGAACGGAGGGUUGGCUGGAAUGUCAGGCUUGCGAUGUGGAUUGUUGAGAAGGUUGGUGGUGCUUUAUGA